AGAAAGGUGGAUGCCCCUUAGAGAAACACGGAGCAUGUUCUCACAUGCUGAAGUUGCCAGUUUUUUUGCUGGAUUUCAUGACAAACUUAAAUAUGGAGGUGAUGUCUGCAAGGAAUCCCAAGUGAAACAAGACACUAAUGGAAACUCAGUGUUAAAAGCUGAAGAGGAUGUGUCAGAAACCUCUUCAGCAGUGACUGCUGAAAGUAGUCCUUUUUACUCCAGUGCAUGCCCAGAAAAAAGAGGAAGUAAAAGCAUGAGAAAAGAAAUUUCCCUGGGUAAUCCAUUCCUACGACAUCUGGGGAGAUGUCAAAAAUCUUGGAAACAAUUUGAUUCAGGACAUUACAUUUCUGUGGAUACAUCUUAUGAGGGUGAGAAAGCAGUGCUGUCCAGCCCUGAGCUGUACUCGGAGGAGUGGAGCUGUGUCAGGCUGAUUUAUCAGAUAGCAACGACUUCAGAGGCUUUGCCUGAUCCCGCCAAGCUCAACCUGUACCUGCGGCGGCAAGGGGAGAGCUUUGAUCGUUUGCUGUGGUCAGCCAAGGAGUCCUCCGACAGCUGGCUGAUAGCGAGCUUGGAUUUAACAAACAGCACAAAGAAGUACAAGAUUGUACUGGAAGGUGAAAUGGGACAAGAUAAAGCCGCCAGUAUAGCAGUUUUUGAAAUUAAAAUAACCCCUGGAUAUUGUAUUGAAUGUGACUUUGAAGAAAAUCAUCUUUGUGGCUUUGUGAACCGCUGGAACCCCAACGUCAACUGGUUUGUUGGUGGAGGGAACAUUCGCAAUUCUCAGUCUAUCCUGCCCAAAGACCACACACUUAACAGUGAACUGGGUCACUACAUGUAUGUGGACUCUGUUUACGUCAAACAUUUUCAGGAAGUGGCCCAGCUGAUCUCACCAAAGACCACGGCCCCGAUGUCUGGCUGCUUAUCUUUUUAUUAUCAACUUAAGCAGGAGAGUAGCAUUGUUUUUACUGUUUACUUGAGAGACACAACUGGCUUUUAUGAAGAGAUCUGGAAAACAGACAGCGCACUGAGUGCAGACUGGGCGCUAGCAGAAGUUGACUUCAAUGCACCCUACCCCAUGGAGGUAAUAUUUGAAGUUGCUUUCAAUAGCGCCAAGGGAGGUUACGUUGCCCUUGAUGACAUUUCUUUCUCUCCGGUUUACUGCAGCAAUCAGACAGGAACUUCUUUCAAUCCUGCCCAGGCAGGCUGCAAUUUUGAGGAAGAUCUGUGUAAUUUUUACCAGGACCACAAAGAUGGCCCAGGAUGGAGCAGAGUGAAAGUGAAGCGUAACGUAUAUAGAACAGGAGAUCACACUACUGGGUUUGGUUAUUACUUGUUGGCGAACACAAAGUUUACAUCACAGCCUGGGUACAUUGGACGUCUGUAUGGCCCGACCCUGCCAGGAAACUUGCAGUUUUGUCUGCGCUUUUAUUAUGCCUUGUAUGGGUUUUUCAAAAUGAGUGGUACUCUUGCUGUUUUUAUCUUUGAGGAGAAUCAUGUCGUUCAAGAGAAAAUCUGGUCCGUCUUGGACUCUCCAAAGGGAGUUUGGACUCAAGCUGAAAUCUCCUUCAAAAAGCCUAUGCCUUGCAAGGUUGUCUUUGUCAGCUGGUGUAAAAGCUUCUGGGACUGUGGACUUGUGGCACUGGAUGAUGUAUCAUUGAGCCUAGGAAGCUGCCAAGCUGCUGAUGUAUUGCUGCCCAGUCCUGGAGAGUGUACUUUUGAAAAAGAUGAAUGUGUGUUUACCCAGAAGAAGAGAGGUCGUGGGAGUUGGCACAGGAGGAGGGGUCCAACUCCCACUUCUUAUACCGGACCGAAAGGAGACCACACUACUGGGGUAGGAUACUACAUGUACAUAGAGGCAUCCGACAUGGUCUAUGGACAGAGAGCGUACCUCGUUUCAAGAUCACUAAGGGGAACCUCUGGAAAACAGUGCUUGACAUUUUUCUAUCACAUGUAUGGAGCUGGGACUGGAUUAUUAAGUGUUUAUCUGAAAAAGGAAGGUGAUGACGAAGAGAUUCCUUUGUGGAGGAGGACAGGGGAACAAAGCAUCUCAUGGCUAAGGGGACUGAUAGAAUAUGAAAGUGAUAGAAACUACCAGAUUAUUUUUGAGGCGAUCCGCGGCGUUUCAAUGAGAAGUGACACUGCUAUUGAUGAUAUUCUGUUCCAGGCAGGACCCUGUUUAGAAGUGGAAGAAAUUCAAUUCUCAUCAGGCUAUCCUGACAGCUUAAACGAAAUUGAGUAUUAA